AUGGACUUUUCAAAGAUUGUCUUUGGCGUGGCAUGGUACGGACGCAGUUAUACUCUCUCCGACGCUAGCUGCAACACUCUCGGAUGCGGCUUCAAGGGCCCUUCAAAGCCCGCAAAGUGCACCAACAAUGCAGGUGUCAUGUCCCUCGUCGAGAUCCAGGGCCUCAUCAAAGAGAAGAACAUCACACCCCGCCUCCUCGAGGGCGCCAUGAUGAAAGAACUCGUCUUCGACGAUCAAUGGGUUGGCUACGACGACGAAGAGACUGUCGCCAUGAAGAAGAAAUUCGCUAAUAACUACUGCUUCGGCGGCACCAUGGCUUGGAGUGUCGACUUCAACUCGGGCACAGGUGACUCUGACACUGCCCCCGUCUCGACUGACAGCAAGUGUGGCCCGGCCAACGGUGGUACUACCUGCACUGGCAGCACUUUUGGAAAGUGCUGCUCCGUUGCCGGGUACUGUGGCUCUACGGAUGACUACUGUGGUUCUGGUUGCCUGAGCGGCGAGUGUUUUAAGGGCGUGCAGACGACUGACGGAACCUGCGGUAUCGGCGCAAACGGCGCCAUCUGCGGUACAUGGCCUCAAGGAGACUGCUGCUCGCCGGCCGGCUGGUGUGGUUCGACCGAUUCUCACUGCGGUACAGGCUGCCAGAGUGGUAGCUGCAAGGAUGGCAGCGGCUCCACGACAGAUCCGUCGAAGCCAGACGGCGACUUGCCUGACGCGUUGAACCACGGUGGCUGGGAGGACUACUUUGAGAACUCGCAGAAGUGCAUCUUCUACAAGCCACCAAACUGGGAGGCGACGCAUAACGACUGCCGCGAGGUGUGCAAGGACUCCAACGAUAUCAACAGCGCCGCCGGGUUGACCACAUCGUACACCUGUGUUGGCUUCUACCCGUUGAACGAGACGAUCCCCUGGGAGAAGUUUACUCCAGGUAUAUACGUCGCUCCCGGCAAGUGCACUUGCGACAACCCCAUUGUCAAUGAGCUCGGAGAGACAUUUGUCAAGAUGUUGCCUGUCAUGACUCAGAUUACCUGCUAUGUAUACGCACAGUCGAUCAAGCUAGUUCUCCAAGAGGGGUACAAUAUGAUCCCGGAGGCCAAGCUCAUGUCCAAGGCAAUGAAGACGCUUAUCAAAGUUGCCAAGCUGAUUAAGUUUACCUACGGCGCGGCGGAUCAGAUUGGCGCGUUCCAGCAAUUCUUGCAUCCCUGUGGCGGCGAUGACUUGGUCCCUGACGACUUCAAGACUGUCUUUACGAUUCUUAACCAGGUCUCUGACGCGGCCGUCGAUUUUGCCAAGCCUACUAAAUGGAAGGAGGGAAGCGGAAAGAAGGGUCGCUCAGGAUACUUCUAA